AUGCUCCGGCCCCUGCUCUUCCUGUCUGCUCUCAUCGGGCUGUCAGGCGCGACGGUCCUACUCAACCAGGGCUUUAAUGAUUCUUUAGCACUGAACAUCAGCCAAUGUCCCAUCACGUUCUAUGGAAAGAAGUACGAACAGCUCUAUGUGAACAUCACAAGUGGCAAUGUUACCGUCUGCUUCAACGGCUUUUUCAACCCUCAAACCGGACAGGACUGUAUUGUGGCACCUCCAUUCAACACAACGUCGGCUAAAGCUGGGAUAGUUUCAGAAGCCCCGGUCUCUCCCUCCCCCAUCCAAGCUGCUUUGUCAACCAUUAAGACUAAUGAAACAUGCUUUGUGAGAGUUCAACAUGUGACCACAGUAGUGCUGAUGGAUGCUCUGGUCAAUGGUACCAAAGUGGACACAUUUAAUGCUACGGGCUCUGGAGCUAAAACAGAGGCAUACUUCGACAUCAGCGGAUGCAGACAAUCAGGUGGUGCUCUGUUUAGAUAUGGUGCAGUGAUAAGCUCUGACCCAGAAUCCUGCUCUGGUCUAAGGUGUGAUGUGACUGCAGUCGUGACAAACUUCAGCUGUGGCCCCUCAGAGCGUUGUCAAGGCAACAACACCUGCAUGUUUGACUCCACCUGCACUGUAAGCGGCCCAGCUGUUAUUGACAUUCACGGCCAAGUGAACUCUGUCCAGGAUCGGUGUGCGUACACUCUGAUGUCGACUCCGUCUGUCCCAGACUUGCAGGUGCUGGCAAACUUCCAGGAACGGCGUCGUAAAGAUGUGAGCUUUGUGGACAGCGUGACACUACGACUGAACAGUACGGGUGUUUACAUUCACCUAAAACAAGACGGCAGAGUUCAGGUGGACAACACUACGCUGACUCUGAACAGCUCAGUUCAGCUGAUUCACGGUGUGGAGCUGUCCAAGGACCAAACUGGAGUUACUGCCAAGGUGUCACUCUCCAACUACACCACUUCUGUCUUCUUUGACGGCAAAACCGCACAGAUCCGCCUCAAAGGACCUGCUGGGAAAGUUCCAUCUCUGCAGGGUUUGUGUGGCAACUCCAGCAGUUCUUUGAGUGAAUUGAGGCUCUCUGAGUACAGUGCCAGCGGGUGUGAGACGCAGUACAAUGAGACUACUAACAGUACAAUUAACUGCAACAUGACGACUGAGCGCUGUAAUCUCCUGAAGGAGGCGCCUUUCACCGCCUGUCACAGCGACAUCAACCCAGAGCCCUACAUAACCGCCUGCAACAACACUUUGUGCAAAUAUCCUGUGGUGGACGGCCUUAACUGUCAGUUCCUGGAGGGCUACGCCAGAGCCUGCAGCCUGCACAACAUCACACUGGAGGGCUGGAGGUCAAACGUCAGCUGCUCCCCCCCUCAGGCCUUCUGUCAGGACAAGAUUUGCAGCGCUCACGAGUUCUGUGCUGAGAAGACUGGCUGCCUCUGUCGGGCCAUUUUUGCCUCCCCGUACAGAUCGACAGACACUUUGGGUGACCCAACAGUCUGCAGCCAGAACUCUGCUUCACUUACUUUGGUCGGCUGUCUCCUGGCUGAAAAAGGUAUCGACUACUCGGCCUUACAUCUCAAAGACCAGAACUGCACGGGCCAGAUGGACAAGCUAACCAACAUGGUGACCUUCAGCUUCAACAGCAGCAGCACCUGUGGGACGGAGGUCUCGACCAGCAACAGCCAAUUAAUCUACAAGAACGCCAUCAUGACCCAAAACAGCUCUGAUAUCAUCAUUCGCAAUAGCCAAUUCUACAUCGACUUCUCCUGCUUCUAUACUCAGCCAGGCAUCAAGUCUGUGGGCUUGAGAAUAAGACACAGCUCUGUGAUCAAACAGAUCAUAUCUGGAACUUGGAAUUACACUCUGACCAUGAAGGCCUACACCGACGCCGGCCGCACACAAGCUGUGGAGUCGAACUCCAAAAUCCAGCUGAACCAGAAGAUCUGGGUGGAGCUGGAGACCGAUGGGCUGGAUGGCAACUCGGUUGCUGUUGUCACCGACUCCUGCUGGGCAACCAACCAGGCAUCGCCCAACGGGAGUGUGAAAUACGAUCUUAUUAAGAAGGGCUGUGCUAACUCCGCUGACCAGACAGUGAAGGUGGAGGGAAACGGCCAGGGAACGUCCAACUACUUCUCCUUCAACAUGUUCCAGUUCUCCGGGAACUCUACUGACCUCUACCUGCACUGCAAACUUGACCUGUGUGUCACACAGAACAACACCUGCAACCCAGUUUGUAAUGGAGGCAGUCGGAGACGCAGAUCUGCCAGGCUCACGUAUGUCAAUGAAGCCCCAACCCUCAUCACCAUGGCCUGGACUGAUUAG